AUGUCCCGCGUUCCUUUCGCAGACCCGCCGUGGCUGAGAGGCCUGCCGUCGCCCAUCUUUAACGAUUCGCACCGCAGGUUCCAAGCCGCGUGCCGCAAGUUCCUUGAUGAGAACCUGCACAAGCAUGCCCUCGAUUGGGAGACGGCAGAAGAGGUGCCGGCCGACCUGUUUGAGAAGUUCGCGAAGGCCAACUUCAUUCUCCCGGCGCUCCCGGCUCCUCUUCCCGUCGAGUGGCUGCGAAAGCUCGGCAUCACCCAUAUGCCCGGGGAGGUCCCGAUAGAGGAGUGGGACUCCGUGCAUACCAUGAUAUAUUCCGAUGAGAUGAGUCGCUCUGGACUUGCGGGGCCGCCCGGUUCCAUCAACACCGGCAUUGCGUUCGGGGUUCCGCCUUUGCUUCAUUACGCCAACCCCCAACUGCAGGAGAAGUUCCUCCCGGAUCUUUUGCUUGGCCGCAAGAGAACUUGCAUUGCGAUCACUGAGCCUGACGCCGGGUCCGACGUCGCGAAUAUCACCACAAUCGCCGAGCUGAAGGGAAACGAGUACAUCAUCAACGGAACCAAGAAAUGGAUUACCAACGGAGUUUACGCCGACUACGCAACCAUGGCCGUUCGCACGGGCGGCGAAGGUUCGGGAGGGAAGGGCAUCUCGCUUCUGGUGGUGCCGUUGAAGGAUCAGCCCGGCGUGAGCAGAAGACGUCUCAAGGUCGCCGGGCAGAUCAGCGCCGGCACCUCUUUCAUCGAGCUGGACGACGUUCGCGUGCCGCGCGAGAACCUGAUCGGUCGCGAGAACGAGGGGAUGAAGUACAUCAUGCACAACUUCAACCACGAGCGCAUGCUCAUUGCGGUUGGGGUGACGAGGCAGGCGAGAGUGGCGCUGAGCGCCGCUUUCGAGUAUUGUCUUCAGCGUCAGGCUUUCGACAAGACGCUCAUGGAACAGCCCGUGGUCCGUCACCGCUUGGCGAAAUGCGGCGCCAUACUGGAGUCGCAGUACGCCUGGGUUGAGUCCUUCGCGUAUCAGCUAUCCAAGAUGCCUAAGCAUGUGGCGGACGAGGAGCUGGGCGGUCUGACUGCCCUGUGCAAAGCCAAUGCCGGAAUCGUUCUCGAUGAGUGUGCGAGAUGCGCCGUUUUGUUGUUUGGCGGGAACGGAUACACGCGUUCUGGAAAGGGAGAAAUUGUAGAGAAGAUCUACCGCGAGGUUCCAGGUGCGAGAAUCCCGGGAGGUAGUGAGGAUGUGUUGCUCGACUUGGCCGUCCGGCAACUUACCAAGAGAUUUCGCUUGGAGACUGAGAAGGCGAAGAUGAAGUCGAAGAUAUAG